CAGUAACAUGAAAUAAAAACACCAACCCUUCGCCGCCGUUGUUUCGAAGGUUCAAAAACCUCUGAUCUGUCUCAGCCAUGCCGCCGGCGAUUUUCUGUUAAUUCUUGAAACGCCGCCGGCUGGACUGCCGACCUAUUUCCGAUCAUGUCGUUGUCAACGCGUCCUUCUCGCCCCGCUCUCGUUACCCUCCUCACCGCCACAGCUACGCUGUACUUCUUUUACAAGUCUCGCCACCGCUACCGCCGCCUCCUCUCGCUCCUCCACGAAAACCUAGGAAUUGGCGGCGUCGACAGCCGCAAGGAUGGUUCAAUUGAAAGAGGCAAAAUCUUCUUCUUAUCGCAGACAAACACUUCCAAAGACCUAGCGCGGCGUCUCCACGCGCUCCUAAUCCGGAACUAUCUACCUAUUGAUCUCGUCGAUCCCAAGGACUACGAGCCUGAGGAUCUGUGUAAGGAGAGUCUUGUUUUGAUCGUUGCUUCCACUUGGGAAAACGGAGGACCUCCUGAGAACGGGAGUUUUUUGGUGAAUUGGUUAGCGGAGAGCGUCGAUGACUUCAGGGUUGGAGCGCUUGCUCUGAAGGGAUGUAGGUAUGCAGUUUUUGGUGUGGGGAGCGGAAGUUAUGGUGAGACGUAUAAUGCCGUGGCCAGAGAUGUGGCGGCGAGAUUGCGGAAGCUUGGAGGGGAGGCACUGAUGGAGUUGGGGGAAGGGGAUGUGGAUGAGGGGAAAGUUGAUGAGAUUUUUGAUCGGUGGAGUAACAGACUUGUGCAGGUUUUGAUGGAAAAUUCAGGCCAGAAUGGACAUUCCAAUGGGUUUGAGAAUGAAUGUGAAGAUGGGAGUGAGUUUAGUGAAGAAGAAAGUGAUGAUGAUGAAGAUGAUGAUGAUGUGAAUGGGGGUGAAUCUGAAAUUGUUGAUCUGGAAGACAUUGCUGGAAAUGGGCCAUCAAGAAGAUCAACAGUGGCAUCUAAGGCUAGUGGUAGGUCGAAUGGAGAGGUUGUGAAUGGGGAGAAGGAAAUGGUGAACCCAGUGAUUCGAGCUAAUUUAGAGAAGCAGGGGUAUAAAAUUAUUGGCUCUCACAGUGGCGUUAAAAUCUGUAGAUGGACCAAGUCUCAGCUUAGAGGUCGUGGAGGUUGUUAUAAGCACUCAUUUUAUGGUAUCGAAAGUCACAGGUGCAUGGAGGCUACCCCCAGUUUAGCAUGUGCAAACAAAUGUGUGUUUUGUUGGAGACACCAUACAAACCCUGUUGGGAAAAGUUGGCGAUGGAAGAUGGACGAUCCAUUGGAAAUUGUUGAAACUGCCAUCAAUCUGCACACGAAGAUGAUACGACAGAUGAAAGGAGUUCCAGGGGUAAAGGCAGAGCGUUUAUCAGAGGGUCUCUCUCCUAGACAUUGUGCAUUGUCACUUGUUGGUGAACCUAUCAUGUAUCCGGAAAUCAACUCUCUUGUGGAUGAGCUACACCGGAGGCGAAUCUCAACUUUUCUUGUGACAAAUGCACAGUUCCCUGAAAAAAUUAAGAUGCUAAAACCAAUCACACAGUUGUAUGUGAGCGUAGAUGCUGCAACGAAGGAUAGCUUGAAGGCCAUUGAUAGACCACUGUUUGGUGACUUCUGGGAGAGAUUUCUUGAGUCCUUGAAAGCCCUAAGGGAUAAGCAACAGCGAACUGUUUAUAGGUUGACGCUUGUUAAAGGAUGGAAUGUAGAAGAGUUAGAUGCCUAUUCUACCUUGUUCGAAGUUGGGAAUCCUGAUUUUAUCGAAAUCAAGGGAGUGACAUAUUGUGGAUCGUCAGCAACUUCAAAAUUAACAAUGGAGAAUGUUCCCUGGCAUUCAGAUGUGAAAGAGUUCUCAGAAGCCCUGGCUCGAAAGAGCAAUGGAGCAUAUGAGGUCGCCUGCGAACACGAACACUCGUGCUGUGUUCUUCUGGCUAAAGUCGAUAGAUUUAAAAUCAAUGGCCAAUGGCACACUUGGAUAGACUACGAAAAGUUCCACGACCUGGUUUCAGCCGGGGAGAGCUUCACCAGUCAAGAUUACAUGGCCCCAACUCCCCAGUGGGCAGUCUAUGGUGCAAAGGAAGGUGGAUUUGAUCCUGAACAAUCACGUUUCAGAAAAGAGCGCCGUCAUAAAACUGCACGGUAACACCUGUUGCUUAGAAGAAUUUAUGCCGGUUGUUCUGGUAAAUUUUGUCUUGCAAGCAUAAUACAUACAUACUAAUUUUGCUUAAGGCUAUUCUUGUUUUGUUGCUGGGCUUGAUUUUGCUUUGUAGCAUUUGGCUGUUGUGUUUCUUUAGUUUUAUAUGGCUUUUGAAAACAUCUAUAAACAGAUCUAUCAUAGUGAUAGAA